AUGCUACCAUACAUAAUUGCUACAGUCACUUUUAUACUACUUACUUCGUUCAAUAUUAAAGAUGUUGUCACAUCAAAACACGACAAAUGUACGAAAGAUUCAUUUCCUAUUCAUCGUGAAUAUUUUUAUGUCGGUGGCGAAUACAUAUUCGAUGUAUCUUCUAAAAGAUCAGUCAUGACUGGUCAAAUGUAUGUUGAACAUUUAACGUCUCCAUAUGGUAUUCAACAGCUAUAUCCUUUAAUUUUAAUUCAUGGAAAUGCUAUGACUGGCACCAAUUGGCUUAAUACUCCUGAUGGUAGACCGGGUUGGGCUUCAUACUUUUUGGAAAAAGGGUAUGAGCUUUAUAUUAUUGAUCAACCAGCACGUGGUCGAUCCAUAUGGUUGCCAAAUAGUGGCAUCGCUGUCAAAACUUAUUCUGCUGAAAUGAUGGAGGAACGUUUUACAGCAACUAAUUUCUAUCAAUUAUGGCCUCAAGCAGUUUUACAUACACAAUGGCCUGGUACUAAUAAAACCACGAAAGGUCGUAAAGGCGAUCCAAUUUUCGAUGCUUUCUAUGCAUCAACCGUUCAGUUUGUCGCUCACGAAACGAAUGUUCAAAUGAUGAUGCAAAAAGCUGGUACAGCAUUACUGGAUAAAAUUGGUGCUGCUAUAUUAUUGACUCAUUCACAAAGUGGAAGUUUUGGAUGGCUUAUUGCUGAUGCACGACCCAAUCUUGUUAAAGCUAUUGUUGCUAUCGAACCGAAAGGUCCUCCAUUUAGAGAAGCUGUUUUUACAAACAUUUCAUCUCGUGCUUGGGGAUUAACAGAUAUUCCAUUAACAUAUGAUCCUGUUGUUAAUGCGUCAUCUGACUUGUUAACCAUUGAGAUUUCAUCAACACAUGAGAAUCAUACUUCGUGUAUUCUUCAACAAGAACCUCCACAUAAUUUAAUUCAACUCGUCAAUAUUUCUGUUUUAAUAGAAACCUCUCAAGCUUCUUAUCAUUCUGUUUAUGAUCAUUGUACAGUUGAUUUCUUACGGCAAGCAGGAGUUCAAGUGGAUUUUAUUCGACUUGAAGAUCUUGGAAUUUAUGGGAAUGGUCACAUGCAAAUGAUGGAAAUGAACAAUUUGCAUAUAGCUGAAAUUCUUCAUAAAUGGAUAAUACAAAAUGUACAUUAA